AAGAGGAGGAGGAGGUGAUGGAAACGCAGUUUUCUUAGGGAGAAUCAGCUUGCGAUUGAUGGACUGUUUGUCGCGCUUUCUGGUAGCAUUUUGAAACAUCGGGGCCGAUAACCGCCAUAUUGAUAGUGAAACAUCGACAGCUGUCGAUGUGCGUAUGCAUCUUCAAAGUCGAGUGCAACUUAUCGCAUCAACGCGUACAUACGCUCGUUGAAUAGCCGUUGUUGACACUCGAUAAUUAUGUGACAUCCAUAUAUUAACGCACGCCAUCGGAGUCUAUAAUGCGUCGUAAAAGUGAAGUUUCUUUCACUCUCGGAUAAUUUCGACUCGAUGUUUUGGCGCUCGCUGGACAGUAGUCCAGAAAAAAAAAUAAGGUGACACGUAUUUUUCCGUGAACGGAACAAAGAGAAGCUAACGAAGAACGAAUCGGUUCGUCGUAGAAUGACAGUGCCUUGCCAAGCAUAAUCGAAGCCAGAAGUGAGGGAAAUCGCGGAGCCGGUCUACCGGGAGUACGUAUCGGAUCAUUGAGCAGUGAAUGAAGAGGCGGUGACCAACCUAUACCUCGCGACAUGUGAUAAUCAACCACGAUCACGAGAAUCUGGCCUUUCGACGCGAUACUUUGCGAAUUCUUAAACGUACCAUUCGUUGAACUCGCUCCUAUGCUGGUGAACAGUGCGAACACAAGAUGAUGAAUCCUGGAGAGGUUAAGAAAAAAGCGCCCGAUGGUGGCUGGGGAUGGUUCGUUUGUCUGGGAAGCAGUUUGAUUUCGCUCUCUUUGAGAUCGUUGGAUCCUUCUUUCGGUCUCCUUUUUCACGAUCCUUUGGAAGAACUUGAAGUAGACUCGACAGGAACAUCGUUAAUAAUGAGCAUACUCGAUGCUAUCGUUAAUUUUUCAGGUCUAUUAAUAGGACCGUUGUUGAAGAAAUAUUCUUACAGACAGGUAGCCUUUUUUGGAUCUGUCUUGAGUUGUACUGGAUUAAUACUUACUUCAAGAGCUAACAGCAUGAUUCACAUCGUUUGUACUUACAGUAUUUUAGGAGGUUUAGGAACUGGAUUAGCGAUCGCAUCAGCUUUCGUUGCGUUGAAUACAUUUUUUGAUAAAAAGAGAGGACAAGCUGUUGGUUUUUCUAUGGCAGGCACAACUUUAGCUAUGAUGCUGGUACCACAGUUAAUACACAUUCUUUUAAGUGCUUAUGGAUUCCGUGGAGCGAUGUUGGUAAUUGGAGGAUGGGCGUUACAUUCGGCUGUUGGUGCCUGCUUACUUCGUCCACUCGAUGUUCGAGAUGCAAAAGAUAUUAAAACGGACAUAGAUCCACCAGAAAGUGAAACAUUGCUGAAAAAAAAUGGCGACACUACGCUGAAGAAGAUGGAGAACGGUGUAGAAGUUACAAAAUACGACGUCAUAAAGAAUAAAACGAGUAAAGAAAUCAGUAAACCAAAAGACAAUUACAUGGAGAAAAUAAAAGAAACUUUCGACUUGGAUUUGCUCAAAGAUGGAGUAUAUCUGAAUGUUGUUAUCGGUUCGAGUCUUUAUUACGUAGCUGAGUCAAAUUUCAAAUUGAUGACGCCAUUUUUUCUCUCCAGCAUAGGAAUGACGAACGGAGAAAUUGCUUCUUGCUUGUCGAUAACUGCAUUCACCGACAUUCUUGCCAGACUUAUAUUGCCGACCAUCUUUGACAGAUUAGGUUUUAAGAAGAGAACCGUAUUCUGGAUAUUUUGUAUGCUGGUUGGAAUUGGACGAUCUAUUAUGGCAGAGCAAUCCAAAGGAAUAACCUUGAUAAUAAUAUUUGUGGUAAUAGGAUUCUUACGCGGAGCCACUUUAGUAAAUUUGAACCUCAGCGUCUCGGAAUGUUGCUCCUUGAAAAAGUUACCCAGUGCUUUCGGAAUAUUUAUGGUUUCAAAAGGUUUAUUUGUCGUAAUGAUGAGUCCUAUGAUAGGAUACAUCAGAGACGUGAGCGAAAGUUACGCAGUUUGCAUACACGUUAUGACCUCGAUGAUAAUGGUUACAUUUAUUUCGUGGGGUUUCGAAUUUGUGUACAGAUCUCUUAAAAAUAGGAAAUCGAUAUUAAGUGACAAGGCGAAAAAAGAAGAGGUAGAAUAAACCUUAACAAUUCUCAACGAAAUUUGUAUAAUAAAUCAAGGAAACUAUUUUUCAUAUUCGAACAUGAAUACAUGAGAAACUCUAUAUUUAUAAGUAAUAAAUAAUUCCUUCGAUAA